AUGAACGAUCCUUUGUAUAAUUAUCGCCGUAGUCCACAAAGGUCCCAUUUAUUACGUAAAGAAAUAUCGUCCCCACCGAUUCCACUACGUACUGAUGCCUUCGCUCCAAGUUUAUCUCAUCGAAAUUGGCAAGGAUUUAAGCCUGGUGAAGCGGAACGACGGAACGUGGAACGGAGUGAGGCGGAACGACGGAACGUGGAACGGCGUGAAGCGGAACGACGGGACGCGGAACGGCGUGAAGCGGAACAACGGGACGUGGAACUGCGGGAACAAGAACGGCGACGAAUGGAACGGACAGAGAAUCGGAGAACAGUGCCAAGACAAGGAGAAAGACUCGAUGUCCAUGAAGCAAAUGAAUCAACAAUACAUGGUUGUGAACCUGGAUAUUCAGAACAGCUGCAAUGUAUUCUACAAAGACAACAAGAAUCAUUGAUCACAAUGGCGCAGACCUUGGGUACAUCAAUUAGUAGAGGGUUCGAAAUGCCAAAGCGUGAUUAUAUGACGUUGACGGAAACCCAAUGAAUUAUCCAAGAUUUAUGGAGAAUUUUAGAGUCAAUAUAGAAGAAAGAGAACAGAAUUCUCAAGCAAAAUUGGCGUAUCUUAUACAAUUUUGUACCGAUAUUGCAGGCAUUAAAAUACGGAAUUUUUACAAGGACACACUUUGCCUUCAGAGGCGUAUUUGUGGUAUAAAUGCGCAGACUCACGAGAACGAGUGCCGAAGCCACAAGUUUAGCGUCGAAAACGUGAGGUUUUAAGGGGGUCUCUGAAAUGGCAUUUCCAGAGUUCUGAGAACAGAAUUUUUAAAAUCUUUGGCUAUUUUGCGUGGAUUUCAUUGAUAUAUUUUCAGUUUAAUAUAUUUUCAAGUACACACUUUUCAAUUUACAAGGGCACAUUCGCCUUUUACAAGGACACAAAGUGUGUACAAGGACACGCUAUUUUAAUGCCUGCGAUAUUGCCAAAGAAGCCAUAAGUAAUUGCGUCAUUUUACCAGGUCAUGAAGGAUUUAGGCGAGCUAAAGAAAUACUGUACAAUUCAUUUGGCCAGAGUCAUAUUAUUAUUCAUGCGUAUAUAAAUAAAGUGAUAAAAGGUGGUUCGAUAAAGGACGGAAAAAGUGGUAAAUUGCUAGAAUUGGCUCGGGACAUGGAGAAUUGUCAAAUAAAUUUAACACAACUCGGUUGUGAAUCAGAGAUUAAUGCUCAAAGUAACUUAGAAAAAAUUGUUACACGAUUACCAAGAUAUCUACAAGCUGACUGGGCAAAGGAAGCUUAUAUCUUACUUGAAAACAACAAGACCCCUACGUUUCAACACCUUAUGAAUUACAUCACAAAGAAAGCAAAGCUAGCUAACAGUGCGUACGGUCAAUUGAUUGGUUCUAGGCCUCCAGAUGAUCAGAAGUUAAGGAACAGGAAAGGUAGCAGUGGAACAUCGUUUACAACUCAUGGUUCUAACGAAAAUUCGAAAGACGAGUACAAUCAUGUGAAGUGUCAUUACUGUAAGAAGAAUGGUCACACCGUUGAUAGAUGCUAUACGUUUAGGAGUCAAUCAUUUGAAGUCAGAAAGCAGUUAAUUCGUAAGGAAAAAUUGUGUAUGUUAUGUCUUAGUAAAGGACAUUUUGUGAAGAAAUGUAGGAAAAGAAAUGCCUGUCUAGUAGCCGGAUGUAAGCAGCGGCACCAUAGUCUGUUGCAUCCUGUCCCAGACGAAACUAAAUCGAAGAAUGAAUCAUCAGUUGAAGAACAAAAUGAUGAUGGGGAAAAUGAAAACCAAGACAAUCGUAAAGGCGAAAUUGGGGAUGGUCAAUGUACUGCUACUGGGGCAG